UCCCAGAACAUGGAGGUGCACAUAUACCCCACUGUGUCACUCUCUAAUGGGCAGAAGAUCCCGGUCCUGGGUUUGGGACUGUCACAUCAAGGAGGUUAUUCCCACAGUGCACUGCUCUAUGCACUGCAAAAUUGUGGCAUCCGGCAUAUUGACACCGCCAAGAGAUACGGCAAUGAAGAACAAGUUGGUAAAGCAAUAACUGAAAGUGGGGUGAAGAGAGAAGACUUGUGGGUCACCACUAAGUUAUGGCCAGGGGAUUAUGGGUAUAAGAAUACCAUACAAGCAUGCAUGGAUUCUUGUAAAAGGCUUGGAUUGGACUACUUAGACCUAUAUCUGAUGCACUGGCCCGAUGCUAAUCUUCCUGGUAAGAGUGCCCGGGAGGCACGAGCAGAGACAUGGAAAGCACUGGAGGAUUUGUAUGACAGAGGAGUCUGCCGAUCGAUUGGUGUCAGCAACUUUCUCAUCCAUCACUUGGAACAGCUGAAAGAAGACUGUGAUGUGGUUCCCCACCUCAACCAGGUAGAAUACCAUCCUUUCCAGAGGCCACACGAGUUGGUGGAUUAUUGUAAGAAAAAUAAUAUUGUAUUUGGAGGCUACUGUCCUUUGGCCAAGGGGCAAGCCUUGACACAUCCAAUUGUCUUGCAACUCUCAAAGCAGUAUGGAAAAACACCAGCUCAGAUCUGUAUACGUUGGAGCAUUCAGAAUGGCAUUAUCACUAUCCCAAAAUCUACGAAAGAAAGCCGAAUCCAAGAGAACUGUCAGGUGUUUGAUUUCACACUAGCAGACAAGGAUAUCCUCUCCUUAAACUCCUUGCAUGAUGGGCGGCACGUGUCCUGGGAUCCUUCCGAUCUAUUGUAGCCUCACAGGUGUUUGACUUUCAACUGCAGCCGAGUGACAUGGAACAUUUAUCAUCCCUGCAUAGUAACAGGAAGC